UGCAGCUCUUCAGGGGUGUACAGUGUAAUUACAAUGGAAAGAGUGGCUUGGCUGGCAGUGCUGCUGCUGUUUAUGGUGGUGACGUUAGCACUCGCUGACCUCCAGACUCGGUACGACGAGCAGAGCAACCGCCUCCUGAUCACUACGAGAAAGGGUGGCCAGGACACCGAAGUUGCCUACGUGACAGUUGAAGACGCAUCGGGUGCUCGCAGAUCCCACUGUAGCAGUCAGAGUCGCCAAGAAUGCCUCCCAUUAAUCGAGGCUAAACGUUCUUAUCAGCGGCAAGGUGUGCAAAUCAUUUGCGUCUCCACAAAGACCACCACUACCAGUCCCAACAGCGUUUUCCGGACCUGUAUCAACCAUCUGGGCAGCCACAUCUAUGGAGGACUCGAGCAGUACAACCAAACCUGGCCCAUAGAGGACAACGUGUACAGCGAUUACUCGUAUGUCAGCAAACAGCAAGACAACGUCGGCGUGGCCGAGCGUUACUGGCUCUUCUCCGAUGGCCGAUACGUUUACAUUCCUCAAUAUGUGCCUCUUUUUAUCGAACAGAAUACAAACACGUCGGAGGAUGCAUUAUGUUUCACUUCCAAGAACAAGGCACCUUACCCAGUUGAUCGUUCAGAGAGUGUCAUGGAGAUGACAAUCUGCAAAUACGAAAAUGCAAGGGUAGCACACGAGAAGGCCAUCGCAGAUCGCCUAGGCAAACCCGUAGACAUUCCAGACGAGCGCAUGACCACACAUCCCAUAUGGUCGACGUGGGCGCGUUACAAGAGAGAUAUCAACGACACGACAGUGAGGCAGUUCGCCAACGAGAUAGUCGAACACGGCUUCAACAACAGCCAGAUUGAGAUAGACGACAAGUGGGAAACUUGUUACGGCAGCCUCACGUUCGACCCCGCCAAGUUCCCUGACGUCAGAGCGCUCGUAGACGACCUGCACGCUCUUGGGUUCCGUGUCACACUGUGGGCGCACCCAUUCAUCAACUCUGACUGCGAACCGCAUUACUCGAGGGCGCUUGAGAAGGGCUGGUUCGUCAGCGACUCCGAGGGCAGCACCAACACCAGCUGGUGGAACGGUGAGGGCGGCAUCAUCAACUUCAACAACGCUUCAACUAAAGGCCAAUGGGCGUGCCUGCUCUGGAAACUUAAGAGUGAGGCGGGAAUAGACUCGUUCAAGCUCGACGCCGGCGAGACCAGCUGGCUACCACAGCUUCCCGUAUUGAGGCCACAGAAGAUGAACCCGGUGCAGUACUCUAUGGACUACGUGCAGACCGCCGCCCAGUUCGGGGCGAUGGUAGAGGUUCGCGUCGGCCAACACAGCCAGCAGUUCCCGUACUACGUCCGGAUGCUCGACAAGGACAGCAGGUGGGGCUUCGACAACGGCCUGGCUUCGCUGGUGACGACGCUGCUGCAGAUGAACAUGGUGGGCUACCCCUUCGUCCUGCCAGACAUGGUGGGCGGCAACGGCUACGGCAGCGAGGCGCCCACCAAGGAGCUCUUCAUACGCUGGCUGCAGGCCACCGUCUUCAUGCCGGCCAUUCAGUUCUCCUACGCGCCCUGGGACUUUGACGACGAGACGGUGGAACUGAGCCGACAGCUGGCGGACUUGCACGCCCGCUAUGCCCCGCGCAUCGUGGAGCUGAUGCGGAAGGCGGUACAGGACGGCAGCCCCGUCAACCCCCCAAUCUGGUGGGUCGACCCCACCGACGACACCGCCCUCGGCAUAAACUCAGAGUUCCUGCUGGGAGAGGACCUGUUGGUGGCGCCGGUGCUGGAAGAAGGCGCCAUCAGCCGCGACAUCUACCUGCCGAUGGGCAACUGGACGGACGAGGUUGACCCGGAACACCCCAUCAUAGAGGGACCCGUCUGGCUCACCAACUACUCAGCUCCCCUCAGCGUCCUACCAUACUUCACCAGAGUCCCUGAUUCUUAA